AUGGAAGUGCAGAGUCGCAUUAAAGCGUAUAAAUUUGUCGCCUAUUCAGCAGUCACUUUUUCCAUUGUUGCGGUACUUUCAGUAUGUAUAACAUUACCUAUGGUUUAUAAUUAUAUUCAUCACGUUCGAAGGCAAAUGCAUUCCGAAAUCGCUUUUUGCAAUUUUUGUUGGCGAUUCAAUAAAUAUGAAGAAAAUUAUUGGAGAAAAUUCAGAAAAGUUCAAAAAAAUUCGAAAAAAUUUGAUUUCUACGAUGUUGAUCGAUUGGGUCGAUUCCCAAUGAUGGGACAUAACAGGACAACACGUCAAACGAAUAGCUGCGAAGGAUGUUGUUUAACGGGACCACCUGGUCCAAAAGGACCUCCAGGAAGGCCGGGAAAACCAGGAAAGCCAGGAGCACCUGGCCUGCCCGGAAAUCCAGGCCGUCCUCCACCAAUGCCUUGUGAGCCAAUCACUCCACCACCGUGCAAGCCGUGUCCACAAGGAGAACCAGGCCCUCAAGGUCCAGCAGGGCCUCAAGGAGAUGCGGGUCCAGAUGGCCCACCUGGCAACCCAGGAGCAGAUGGGCCGCCAGGUGAGCAAGGACCACAAGGCCCAGACGGCCCACAAGGAGAAGCGGGACCUCCAGGACCAAAUGGACCACCGGGAGAGAAUGCUCCAGACGAACCACUUAUCCCAGGAGAACCUGGAGAACCAGGACCACAAGGACCACCAGGACCACCAGGUCGACCUGGCCAAGAUGGAGCAGUUGGGCCGCAAGGACCUCAAGGUGAAAAGGGAGCAGAUGGAACGCCUGGCGCAGAUGGAACACCUGGAACACCAGGGGCUCAAGGGCCACCUGGAAGACCUGGUGAAAAGGGUAUCUGUCCAAAAUAUUGCGCAAUAGAUGGUGGUGUAUUCUUCGAGGAUGGCACUCGACGUUAA